GCGCUUUUCUUCCCUGUUUGUAGGUGAAACCCCAUUGGCUUCAUUGGCUCCUUGAUUUAAACCACGCCCGGCUUUCGGCCCGCUUUGCUGCAGCUGGGCUCGGCCUCCCAGCCACAUCCCAGCCGGGUUCUCAGGAAACCCGGGGGACUGCUGUGGCUGCUAUUGUGUGGAUGCCUCGCGUGUCCUCUCUUCUCUUCCAGGAAUGGCUAACAGGGGCCCGAGCUAUGGCUUAAGCCGAGAGGUGCAGGAGAAAAUCGAGCAGAAGUAUGACGCGGACCUGGAGAACAAGCUCGUGGACUGGAUCAUCCUGCAGUGUGCUGAAGAUAUAGAGCACCCGCCCCCGGGAAGGGCCCAUUUUCAGAAAUGGUUGAUGGACGGGACGGUCCUGUGCAAGCUGAUAAACAGUUUAUAUCCACCAGGACAAGAACCCAUCCCCAAGAUCUCAGAGUCCAAGAUGGCUUUUAAGCAGAUGGAGCAGAUCUCUCAGUUCCUGAAAGCGGCGGAGGUCUAUGGUGUCAGGACCACUGACAUUUUUCAAACAGUGGAUCUAUGGGAAGGGAAGGACAUGGCAGCUGUGCAGAGGACUCUGAUGGCUCUAGGCAGCGUUGCUGUUACCAAGGACGAUGGCUGCUACCGGGGAGAGCCAUCCUGGUUUCACAGGAAAGCCCAGCAGAAUCGGAGAGGAUUUUCAGAGGAACAACUUCGCCAGGGACAGAAUGUCAUAGGCCUGCAGAUGGGCAGUAACAAGGGUGCCUCCCAGGCAGGCAUGACGGGGUACGGAAUGCCCAGGCAGAUCAUGUAAGAUGCCACUCAUUGCCCCCUGGUAGAGAGGACGAAUGCUCCACACCACAGUCCGUGACAAAGAAAUAGGUAGUCACCUCUACACCUUCUCUUUCUCAAAGCCUUCUAUCCCCUGUUCUUGCAAGUGCUGCAUUUCUGCCCGAGAAUCCACGCUGCCUACUGCUGCCACCUUUUGUUCAUUUAGAACUAUGCAAAGACUCCGCUUCCUCUCUCUAACCUCCUGUGCCCUAAGGUCUCUGUUUGUUUGGUUAUUUAUUUAUUUAUUUGCCAAAAAAUUCUCUCCUUGACUUACAGAACAAACCUAAUAAACAACUUAGUCUGUG